CUCUAUUGUUAAGCCUUCUUUCCCGGUCAUAGCACGGCGUCGCGCUCAGCUCUGAUCUCCCUCCUCCCUCCUCUCUGCUUUUCUUCGUCAUCCUCGAUUCCUUGGCGGAAGCGGCACUGCUUCUUCGGCCACCGGUCUCCACCUAAUCGGUUGACACCGCUCUGCUCCCUGCAUUCUUCCAUACCCAACUGCCGAGUCGGCGGGUAUAAGUUGAGGGGGAGUGGUGGAUCGCGGAGGGAGGAGAAUGGCGCAGCAACAGAGGAAGUACUUGAUCGAGGUGGAGAAGGCGAAGGAGGCCGCGGAUGGGAGGCCGUCCAGGGGGCCGGCUUACCGGAGCUCAUUCGCCAAGGACGGGUUCCCAGCUCCCCCUGAAGGAAUGGAGAGCUGCUGGGACAUUUUCCGCAUGUCUGUGGAGAAAUCUCCCAACAAUAGGAUGCUUGGUCGCCGCCAGAUUGUGGACGGAAAGGCUGGGAAUUAUGUCUGGCAGACAUACCGGGAAGUGUAUGAUUUGGUGAUCAAAAUUGGCAAUUCUAUUAGGAGUUGUGGCGUCGAAAAGGGAGGAAAAUGCGGUAUUUAUGGUGCCAAUUGCCCGGAGUGGAUCAUGAGCAUGGAGGCUUGUAAUGCUCAUGGGAUCUACUGUGUGCCCUUGUAUGACACUUUAGGUGCUGGAGCUGUGGAAUUUAUUAUAUGUCAUGCAGAGGUUUCGAUUGCUUUCGUAGAAGAGAAAAAGAUUCCUGAGUUGUUGAAGACCAUGGAGAAUGCUAGCCAGUACCUGAAGACUCUCGUAAGCUUUGGCAAGGUUACUGCUGAACAAAAGGAAGAGGUUGAAAAAUAUGGGGCGGCAAUAUACUCCUGGGAUGAGUUUUUACAACUGGGAGAUGACAGGCAAUUUGAUCUUCCUGAGAAACAGAAAACUGAUAUCUGUACAAUAAUGUACACCAGUGGGACGACUGGUGACCCCAAGGGUGUACUGAUUUCAAAUGAAAGCAUUGUCACUCUCAUUGCUGGGGUGAAGCGGCUAUUAGAGAGUGUGAAUGAAGAGUUAAAUCAUAAAGAUGUGUACAUGUCCUACCUUCCAUUGGCGCAUAUCUUUGACAGGGUGAUUGAGGAGUGUUUUAUAUCUCAUGGGGCUUCAAUAGGAUUUUGGCGUGGGGACGUCAAGUUAUUGAUUGAGGACCUCGGGGAGCUAAAACCAACUAUCUUCUGUGCUGUCCCUCGUGUGUUAGAUAGAGUUUACUCAGGUUUAACUCAGAAGAUUUCAGCUGGGGGCUUCUUUAAGAGUAAAUUGUUUGACAUUGCCUAUUCAUACAAGUUGCACAACAUGCGGAAGGGGAAUGGACAUACUGAGGCUGCCCCGAUAUGUGACAAAUUAGUUUUCAAUAAGGUAAAGCAAGGAUUGGGUGGAAAUGUGCGGCUUAUACUUUCAGGAGCUGCUCCACUGUCUACCCAUGUAGAGGGUUUCCUGAAAGUGGUUACCUGUUCUCACGUUCUUCAAGGAUAUGGUCUGACAGAAACCUGUGCUGGGACAUUUGUCUCUCUACCAAAUGAGAUGUCGAUGCUUGGAACAGUGGGGCCCCCCGUGCCUAACGUUGAUGUCUGUCUAGAAUCUGUCCCUGAAAUGGGAUAUGAUGCCCUUUCAAGCAUGCCAAGGGGAGAGAUAUGUGUGAGGGGGAAAACUUUGUUCUCUGGGUAUUAUAAACGUGAAGAUUUGACUAAUGAGGUCAUGAUUGAUGGAUGGUUCCAUACAGGGGAUAUUGGUGAGUGGCAAGCGGAUGGAAGCUUGAAAAUUAUUGACAGGAAGAAGAAUAUUUUCAAGCUUUCACAAGGAGAGUACGUGGCAGUUGAAAACUUGGAGAAUAUCUAUUCCCAAGCUACUGGUGUUGAUUCGGUAUGGGUGUACGGGAACAGCUUUGAGUCCUUCCUCAUCGCAGUAGUAAAUCCCAACAAAGAGACAAUCGAGCAUUGGGCUCAGGAGAACGAAAUUAGUGGAGACUUCACUUCUCUCUGCGAGAAUCCCAAGGCCAAAGAGUUUAUACUCGGAGAGCUUACAAAGAUUGGAAAACAGAAGAAGUUAAAGGGUUUUGAGUUUAUCAAAGCUAUACACCUUGAUCCCGUGCCGUUUGAUAUGGAACGAGACCUUCUUACCCCCACAUACAAGAAGAAGAGGCCUCAAUUGCUCAAAUACUAUCAGAGCGUCAUCGACAGUAUGUACAAGAGCGCAAAGUGAUCGAACGAGCUAUUCGGAUCAAGUAUUUACUUGUUCUCUUCUACUGUUUUUUUGGCUUUAAUUUUUCCUCAAGUUAAUUUCCACAGCUUCCUGUUACUGUACAUAUACUUCCUCAUAUGGGCAUUUCGAUAUUUCAUAGAAGUCUGGGCGCACUGUGGUUUAUACUUUAUAUCAUGUAAUUCACCAACUUACCACAGAAGACCAAUCUCAUGUUUUUUAACUUAUUCAUUGAAACUUUUUUUUUUUUU